AUGGCCACCACCGCUCACCCCAGUGCAAAAAGCAAGCUUGCUGGACCCAGCGCAUCCUUGAAAAUCACUCCUUCGAACUCUCCAGUCCUCCGACCAGGGACACGAACCCCCAGCAAGACCCUUCACCAAUCCUCCUUGUCCCUCCAAACCGUCAUCGGCACAACAACAACAACUCCAAACGGAUUUUCAAGCCAUGAUCAGAGCAGAAGCUUUGCGCUAUGUGCUGGAUCGGCAGCGGUUCUUGCAGAAUUGGACGAGAACGACAACAUAACACAACGCUUCUUCCGAGCCCGCCCCUCCGCGACGAUCGACUCCCCGGGCAGCCCGGACCCAAGAUCACGAUCCCUUUCCCAUAUCCGGUCGAAUCCGCAUCUCAAUGUCAAUGGGUCUCCGUCGAGCGAAGUCAUCGACAUCGGCAGUCCACGUGGAUGGUCUUCGAGGGAAAGAAUCAAAGCAGUGACGAGUGUUUCGAUCAGCCCGAAUGGAAGAUUCCUUGCAGUGGGAGAGACUGGCUAUAAUCCUCGAGUCUUGAUAUUUUCGACGGCGAGAGAUGCCUUACCGGAUGUUCCUCUAUCCAUUCUGAACGAGCAUACCUUUGGUGUUCGCAGUCUGGCAUUUAGCCCAGACUCUCAAUAUUUGGCAACACUCGGAAAUCCGAACGAUGGAUUUCUCUUUAUGUGGACAGUAAACCUCAAGAAUGGCUCGGCCAAAUUACACUCUGCGAAUAAAUGCACCUCAUUUAUCAAUGAUAUGUGCUGGGUCGGCCAUACUUUGGUCACGACCGGCCUGCGACAUGUUAAGGUCUGGCGUCUUCCCACGGCGAUUCGGCCUGUUUCACCAACCAAGUCACGUUUGAAUGUCGAGGUAGCUGCCCCCUCGGCCAGUUUUGCUCCAAAAGCACUUACCGGCAGGAAUUGUCUACUGGGCACCCUGGGCGAUAACACUUUCACCUGUGUGAGCAGUAUCUCCCAAAAUGAGGCCGUAAUCGGCACAGAUUCAGGCGCAGUUUGCUUUUUCGAUGAUCGUGAAGGAUCUCAGAAGAUGAUCACGGUAAAGCAAGUUGGGUUUAGCAUCACUUCGUUGGCCGUGGACUUUGACCAGGAGUCCAUUUGGGUAGGUGGAGGAGGAAGGCAAAUGCAGCGAUUAUCAUUUGAAGUCUUACGUGGAACAUCCACGCCGACGUCUCCUGCGCGCCUUGACAAGAGUGCACUUGACAAGAAAGGCAAGGCACCGGCGAUCACUUGCAUGGGGUCUCUUAGUUCUCAUCUGGUUACUGUUGAAUCAACCCGCGCGAUUCAUGUCUACCCGAUUGACACUCUAGGUGAAGAUGGUGAACAGGAGGCAGGCGAGGCUUCCAUGCCGGCCCAUCGGGACCCGAUUCUCGGUAUUUGUCGCAUGGAUUUUCCCAAUAACUUGUCUGCAGACUUCUUCACGUGGUCUCGCAAUGGUACGGUGAACUUUUGGGAUGCACAAGGGAAGUGUCGAGGAUCGAAGAAUAUCGAUCUCGACCAAUUUCCCGGAAAAGAAGACGAUGCGGCAAACGAACUCAAAGUUCUGAGGACCGCUGAGAAUGCGGACUGGUUUGUCUCUGGUGACAAGUUUGGUGUGUUGAGAAUCUUUUCGAACGCCGACUGGACUUGCCUCAACGAGGCGCGCGCCCAUGGCGGAGAGAUCACGGAUGUGGCCAUCCAAAAAAUGGACGAUACCUGGUUGAUAGCUAGUUCUGGGCGUGAUCGGAUGGUGCAACUAUUCGAAACAAGGGACACCGAGUUGCAGUUGAUUCAAACCAUGGACGAUCACGUCGGGGCUGUUAAUCAGUUGCUGUUCAUCAACGAAGGCGAAAAAUUGCUUUCGUGCUCCGCAGAUCGCACCGUUGUCAUAAGAAAUCGCGCGACACGCGAGGUGGCUUGUGGCACAUCUGUUGCCUAUCUGAUCUCAAGGGUCAUCACUCAAAAGGCUUCCCCCGUGUCAAUGACACUCUGUCCCGACGACUCGAACAUUCUAUACCUUUCUACCAUGGACCGUUGUGUUUCGAAAUUCGAUAUCCCAACCGGCCGUCAACUUCACUCUUUCAAGGCAUCUGAUUCGGAGACAGCUGAUGCGGUGGUUUUGGGCUCUUUGACAGUUGCCCCCGAGAUCUCAGGUCAGACUCCGAAGGUUCUUAUAGGUGUUUCAAGCACCGAUAAAUCUAUUCGCGUCUAUGAUCUAGAGCGAGACCAGCUCCUCACUGGUGAAUUUGGCCAUACAGAAGGUGUGACCGAUGUGUUACUUCUGGAAGAGCGUGAUAAGUCCGAUGGGUCCCAAACCAAGCGCACAGUGGUGAGUGCCGGUAUGGACGGGAUUGUGAUGAUAUGGAACCUAUCUGUCCAGCAACAGGUCUCCCCAGACCUUGCAAACACACGGGAGGAUGACGAAUGCCCCGUCAAAGAAAUGACAGCGGCAAGGCCCCCUCUCCGAAAAGUCCUUUCCCGCAGCGAACUCGCCGGAUUUCAACGACCGGAUAGCCCGAAUCCCCCAACACCAACACCCAUCCGCGAGCACUCUCCAACUCUACUCCGCAAGCUGUCUCGGCUAUCCCUAGCACCAUCAUCACUAAAAAACCACGCCGUCUCAGAAAGAUCCUCCCCUCCAAACCGCCUCUCCCCAACACCAGGCCCAAAGCAAGACCGACACCGCCGGUCCCCAUCCCCAAUAAGCCCAAAAUCAAAAACCCCAACACCCCGGAAACCACACACCGCAAGAACCAGCAACCGCCGCACAUCCAUCGACUUCCGCAACCGCGGGAAAACAACCCCGCGCAGCGAGGUCGGAAGCUUAGACACAUCCACAGAGCAGCUGUGCCGGACUCUGCGAGUGUAUCGCAAGAAACUCAACGGCUCGAGUCAGCGCAUGCAAGCGCAAAAGGAGCUCGAGCGCGAGCUCAAUCUCACACUCCGCAUUGUGGGUGGUCAUAGACAAAGCAGCGAUGAGAGCGGCGAGACAGAGACGGAUAGUAGCGGUAAGGACAUGGAGCGGGAGCCGAAACAGAGCUACUCGGCCAUGCCCAAGUUGCCUCGUAUCCCUCAUCGUAUGCCGUCUACCCCGUCGCUGCGGUCCAAGGGGGUGCGGCAGGCUUCGCGGAGCCGUUCCUGCGAUGCGCAUGGGGAGGAAUGA